AUGGCUGGUCUAGGCCGCUACGGCGCAGCAUACUUUGGAGAUGGAUAUCGGACCCGUCACUGGUGGCAUUCCACGGCCAGGCAGCAUCUGGGAGUACGCUACUGCAACAGUGUGCAGCGUGCCUUAUGGGUCCAACCGGCUGUGGUUGUUGGCGAACGUGUAAACUGGCCCCUCGCCAUUGGAUCAGUCCGCUCGGUGUGUCAGGGGAGCAAGUCGAGCUCCAGGAUGCAGGUGUGCAGGAUAGUCCACAUGGUCGGGUGUUGGAAGGUCGUGGGGCAAACACGGAACGAGAACGGGCGGUUGAAGUACCUGAUGCCUCACGCCCUUACACAUUCAGCCAAUGCGCUAUGGGAGACCAACAACAUCGUGCAGUUGAUAUACAUGCAGCCAGGGCACGAUGACCCCUCUGGGGAACAGUACAUCAUGCAUGAGGAUGACGAGAAGGCCCUUGCUGGUCAGGGAGGGGACCCGGCCGUGUGA